CAGCAAGUCAAACUCACCACUCCUGACACCAUGAGCUACUACGGCAACUACUGCCAAGGCCUGGGCUACGACAACUACUGCCAAGGCCACGGCAACUACUGCCAAGGCCUGGGCUACGGCUAUGGCGGCUUUGGUGGCCUGGGCUAUGGCUACGGGUACAGAUGUGGCAGCUUCCGUAGACUGGGCUAUGGCUGUGGUUACAGAGGCUACAGAUAUGGCUGCUACCGUCCAUGUUACUAUAGAAGACCCUGGUGUUCUGGCUUCUACUGAAUAAUUCUUUGAAGAGUAACAAUUUAUCAACUUAGUCUUCUGUGAGACUCCGAUUCAUCUAGAAAACUUCAUUCCAUAACCUGCUUGCUUCAUUUAUCCUGUCCUGAUGAUGAACUGUUAUUUGGACCACCUGGUUUCUGACAUUAAUGUGAAGAAAACUUGAUGAACUGAAUGUUGGUGUUUGAUUAGUGAUGUUCUCAGGGAUUCUCCUGCUAUAUAGGAUGAAGAAUCAUACUCUAGCAAGUCUUCGUCUUUCAGCAUCUGUUGUCUAAUAAUAAACUUUUUCUG